GUGAACAAGUCGUACCUGUUGUCGAGGCGUGGAGUGAGUCCGGCGAGCACGUGAUCCUCGGCACCGGCGAGCUCUCACUGACUGUGGUGUCAUGCACGACCUCCGGAACAUUUGCCGACCCCGUGGUAUCGUUCUGCGAGACCGUAGAGACGUCAUCGUUGAAAUGCUUCGCGGAGACUCCGAACAAGCGCAACAAGUUGACGAUGAUCGCGGAGCCGCUGGAGCGAGGACUCGCCGAGGAUAUAGGGCGGGCGUCUGCCCUGUCACGUGGGACAGGAAGCGGCUCGGCGAGUUCUUCCAGACAAUUGAACAUCUUUCAAUUCAGAUACGAUUGGGACUUGCUAGCGGCGCGUUCGAUAUGGGCGUUCGGGCCGGACUCGACGGGGCCCAACAUUCUAGUCGACGACACGCUGCCCUCAGAGGUCGAUAAACAUUUACUCGCCUCCGUCAAAGACAGCAUUGUACAAGGUUUUCAAUGGGGUCCGAGAGAAGGUCCAUUAUGCGAGGAGCCAAUACGAAACGUAAAGUUUAAGAUAUUGGAUGCUGUGAUAGCACAGGAGCCGCUGCACAGAGGAGGCGGACAAAUUAUACCCACCGCGAGAAGAGUAGCAUACUCAGCGUUCCUGAUGGCCACGCCUCGUCUGAUGGAGCCGUACUUGUUCGUGGAGGUGCAGGCGCCCGCUGACUGCGUUUCCGCCGUCUACACAGUGCUAGCCAAGAGGAGAGGUCACGUGACGCAGGACGCGCCCGUGCCCGGCUCCCCGCUGUACACUAUCAAAGCGUUCGUGCCGGCCAUCGACUCGUUUGGCUUCGAGACGGACCUGCGCACACACACGCAAGGCCAGGCGUUCUGCCUGCAGGUGUUCCACCAUUGGCAGAUAGUUCCUGGUGACCCGCUAGACAAGACUAUUGUUAUACGACCCCUGGAGCCGCAGCCGGCCACGCACCUCGCCCGUGAGUUCAUGAUCAAGACGCGCCGGCGCAAGGGUCUCAGCGAAGAUGUCUCCAUCAACAAGUUCUUCGACGAUCCUAUGUUGCUGGAACUUGCCCGCCAAGACGUGCAGUUGAACUAAUGUACCUGGUUUACGAGUUGGUAGACUCGCCAAAUUAUGGUUUAUAGUAUUGAUAUAUGUAAUGUAAUAUAGGCAAUCUCGAUGUACGCCCACGUGACUCAUUCCAAUGCGAUAUG